AUGUGGGAGCUCGCCUCCGUCCUCAACUUCCUCCAGGUGUUCCGGCCAUUGCUCAACAUCGCGGUGGAGUUCACGGCGGAGGAGCUGGAGGACGCCCUCAUAGUGCCCAAUGGCACAUUGGAAGGCUUGCAUGUGCCGCUAUUAAGGUCGAUUCCUCCUGUAGCUCGAAUGUCCAUGGCAGACGGAAAAUGGGUGACUGUGUUAUGUAGAAAAUUGAAUGACUGGUGGCAUCUGGUUGCAGAAGGCAAUCUACCAAUCGUUGCCUCACAUGGAGCGGAAAUUGAAACGUACAAGGAACUUGAGCCAGCGACUCGAUUAAUGAUCCUGAAAGCAAUAUGUGACAUACGUUGUGAGCAAGAGGAUGUUCGGAUCUUCGUAGAUAGUUGUCUAAAAAAGGGUUAUCAGCUCCGUGAUUUCUGCAAAGAACGAAUUGGGGGAGAUUCCCAUGGAAUCUCAUACUGGUAUGAUGAAGAUCCGAUUCUCGGGCAUCGAUUAUAUCGUGAAAUUAGACAAGUGGAGUAUGUGAAGGAGCAAACAAGAAAAUCUAAACGAAAGGGGUUCUUAGGUGUUCCAGUUGUAUCCUAUCAGUGGGAGACUGUCGCGACAAACUUUGUUGAAUUUGAAGCAGCAGCAGAAAAACUCUUUUCAAGUAGUAACAGGACAGAGGUCUCACUUGGAAAGAAGUUGAAGCUCAAUUAUCUCCCAGAGAUGGAAAAGACUCACAAGAAGAAGGAGAAGCUGCUAAAAAAGCAACAAAGAGAAGCCCUUCUCCUUAAUAGCUACUUGACAUUUGAUAGAUUCACCUCUGGCCGCUCCCAUCGUGAAAGAAAGCGUGUCACCUAUACUUUCGAUGAUUAUGACCGUUCAAUAAAUGAGGCCCUAAAAGCAAUAAAGAAAAGUGAGAACCCUGUUCAUGUGGUUGCCACUACCAACAGAGGAGUACUUGUCCCAACACGAGAGGCAUCAAGUAAUGGUACGUUAGCUGGACCCUCACCUGUAUGUAAUGGACGGCGUGGAGAAUCUCCACUGAAGUCAUAUAGCUACCAAGGGAGUGGUGGUGAGGAAAAGGCCGAGACCCUUGAUCGUAGGUCUCGUCAAAGAAAAAGAUCUCAAAGAUACACAACAGACUUUGUUGAGAAUGUCUCGGACAUCGACACGAACUUUGACAGUGAUGGCGAUAUCAUGGGUGAAGCUGUCUAUGACGAGGAGUAUCUUAGAAGUCGAAAACAACCCAAGGCAAGUACUUCAGAGUACGAUGGAGAGUUUCGAUCAGAAGACCAAGCGGAGUAUUCUUUGAGCAGUGAAGAUGAAGAGGGGAUUCAACGGUCCAAAAGGUUGCCAAGCCGCAGCCCUCAAGGGACCAGGCUGAAAUCCAUGGAUGUAAUCCAAACAGGCAUCAAGCGAAAUAAGCGUUCUGCCCGGCCCCAUAUGAACCAUCAGCGAUGCUCUGGUAAAGAUUCCGGAUUGGGAAAGCCAGGUGAAUUGAACACAUCUGAUCCAGAUGCCGGCUCUGGUGCACUAGACAGUGCAAAUACCUCAAUAAAAAGUCAAGAGCAGCGCCUGCUUCACAUAGUGAAGAUGCACGCUCCUGGCAGGGAAGAGAGCAAAGUUGGUGGGAGAAGAUUCCUCCAUCUUAAUUUGAUUGCACCUGCUGGUGGUUUUGACGGUGCGCCAGUGCGAUCUUGA